AUGCAUAUUAAAGUAAUACUAUUUGCUAUUCUUAUCUCUUUUAUCUUCUCUAGAAAAAUUAGAUUAAGAAAAUCAAACUUAAUGCAUAUACCAUUGAUCUAAAAAGGUUAAAGAGUUUAAGAUGCCAUUAAAUAAACUCUAGAUUCUGAUAUAAAAAUAUCAUUUAAGUUAAGUAGUGAAGAAUAAGAAUUUAUAAAAAAUUAGAAUUUGUUAUUAGAUCAUCUAGACAGACUUUAAUAUGCAUUUUAGAUUGCAUAUAUUCCUUUAAGGUAAGAAAUAUAAAAUAUCCUUACAAUUAGGAAUUCAUACAAUGCUUAAUAUUUUGGUCAAAUAGAGUUAGGAUAGCCAGAAUAACAUUUUGAAGUUUUAUUUGAUACAGGCUCUUCAUAUACGUAAAAUCAUUAUAAUAUAAUUUAGAUGGGUAGCUUCUAGUGAUUGUCAUACUUGCAAAAAAGCUGGAGUUAAACACUUUUUUGAUUGUGAAGCAUCAAACAGUUGUAAUUAUUUAAAUAAGAAAAUAAAAUUAUAAUAUGGUACUGGUAAAGCUGAAGCAUAAUUUAUGAUUGAAAAUUUAAAAAUAGCAUCUUUUCUAAUUCAAAAUUAAACUAUGUUAAUUUUAGAUGAAUUAACAGAAUUAAAAAAGUUUGAAGGAGAUGGUUUAGCAGGACUUGGUUUUGAUACUCUGAGUGAUGGAUAUCCAACACUUAUAGAUAAUCUAUUUACUUAAAAUUAAAUUGAAAAAAAGGUUAUUUAAUAAUCUAAAUUAGGAAUUUUCUAUUUAUUUGACAGAUGAAUAUAUUAAACAAAAUAGUUAAUCUAAAUUAAUAUUAGGUGGAAAAUUGGAUAAUCUAGGAGAUCACAAUGAUUAAUGGCAUUAUUGUGAUGUAAUAAACAAUAGGUAUUGGGCUAUAUAAGGAGAUCAUGUAUCAUUUGUAUCUAAAGAUGGUAAAAAAAGAAGAUCAUUAAAAUCUAUUUAGCCUAUUCAUAAUACUUUAGAUGAAAAAAGUGAUAUUUUAUUUACAUCUCUUUUUGUCAUAGAUUCAGGAACUUCAUUAAUAGUUUUAUAUGAAAAGGAUCAUUAGAGAUUAGUUGAAUACUUAAAAGACUUUGGAAUUGAAUGCUAUGAUAGUAUUCAAUACUAAGGAAUAACUGAAUGUGAUUAAGCAAAUAUAGAUGAAUAUCCCAACUUUGAAAGUAUGUAUUUUAUUAUUAAACUAUUAGUUUCUUUAUGUGGUAAGUUAUUCACAAUUCCACCUGAAAAGUAUCUAUUAUGUUCAUUUUUUUAAUGCUAUUUAAUGAUAGCACCUUUUGAUCAAAGAGUUUCAAUUUUAGGGGAUCUAUUCAUAAGAGAAUAUUACACUCAUUUCAUUUAAGAAGUAUACAUAAUUCAUUAAUAUUAGUCACCUAGAAAGAUAGGUUUUAUAAAAACAGUUUAAAAUUGA